AUGACGUCCAUUUCUGUUCCUUUGCGCUCCGUACGACGAGCCAUUGCCAAUCCAUUUGUCGUAUCUCCCCUGCGUCGCUUGACUCAUUGCACGUCCCUGCAGAACCGUCGAGUCACCUUGAAUGAAAAUAAUCUCCGUGCCCCCACCAUCCCCCACCACCAAAACCAUCCCCGCCGCACUCGCCAGUUUUCCUCCUCCCCUCGCUCCGCUCAAUUCGACACCAUGCCGAAAGACAAGGGUAACAACUUCAACCUCAAGACCCCCAAGGGCACCAAGGAUUGGUCCGGCUCCGACGCCCUCCUCCGAGACCGCAUCUUCACCACCAUCUCGAACGUCUUCAAGCGCCACGGCGGUACCGCACUUGACACGCCCGUCUUCGAGUUGCGCGAGAUCCUGGCCGGCAAAUAUGGCGAGGACUCCAAGCUCAUCUACGAUCUGAAGGACCAGGGCGGCGAGAUCUGCUCCCUGCGCUACGAUCUGACCGUCCCCUUCGCGCGUUGGCUGGCCAUGAACCCCGAUGUCCGCAGCAUCAAGCGCUACCACAUUGCCAAGGUCUACCGUCGCGACCAGCCGGCCGUUAGCAAGGGUCGUAUGCGUGAGUUCUACCAGUGCGACUUCGAUAUCGCCGGUACGUUCGACGCCAUGGUACCCGAUGCCGAGAUCCUGCGCAUCAUCAGCGAAGUCUUCGAAGAGCUCGGCUGGAACGGCCGGUACACGAUCAAGCUCAACCACCGCAAGAUUCUGGACGGUGUCUUUGCCGUCUGCGGUGUGCCGGAGGACAAGCUCCGUCCUAUCUCCAGUGCCGUUGACAAAUUGGAUAAAAUGCCGUGGGCGGAUGUGCGCAAGGAAAUGGUCGACGACAAGGGUCUUGACGGCGAGGUCGCGGACCGUAUUGAGAAGUACGUUAUGCACAAGGGGUCGCGGGAACUGCUCGACAACCUGCUGAAGGACGAGGCGCUCAUCGCCAAUGCCUCCGCUAAGGCCGGUCUCGAAGAAAUGGCCUUGAUGAUGGACUACCUCUCUGCAUUCGGCGUGCUCGACAAAGUCUCCUUCGAUAUGUCCCUCGCCCGUGGGCUCGACUAUUACACCGGUGUCAUCUACGAGGUUAUCACCGAGGGUUCGGCUGGUGUGCAGGCCGAUGCCCCCGAGGCGCAGAAGGCAGCUAAGAAGGGCAAGACCAAGACCUCCGAGGACGAUGACCGCUCCAACGAUCCCACUCUCGGCGUUGGCAGUGUUGCUGCCGGUGGUCGCUACGAUAACCUGGUCGGCAUGUUCUUGCCCAAGGCCCAAAUCCCCUGUGUCGGUAUCUCAUUCGGUGUCGACCGUAUCUUCUCCAUCACCAAGGAACGUCUCAGACGCGAGCAGAAGACGGACGCCCUGCGCAGCAGCGAGGUCGACGCCUACGUCAUGGCCUUCGGUGGCAAGGGCUUCAACGGCAUGUUGAAGGAGCGUAUGGAAAUCUGCCAGAAGCUCUGGAGCGCUGGUAUCAAGGCCGAAUUUUCCUACAAACUGAAGCCUAAACUCCCCCAGCAAUUCAAAGCCGCCGAGCAAGGCGACGUUCCCUUCGCCAUUAUCCUUGGCGAAGAAGAACUCGCCGCUGGAAAGUGCCGCAUCAAGGAGAUGGGUCUGCCCGAGGGCCACGCGGAGAAGGAGGGUGUUGAGGUUGAGAUUGCUUCUCUUGUUACCGAGCUGCAAGCCCGACUCGCGCAGAAGCAGCACGGCGUUGUUUCGUCUCUGGCACAGCAGCUGCAGGGCAUGACCGUCUAG